ACACGGAAGCAAGCAGCAGCCAAACUCAAACCGAAAACACGCUUCAAGUCUGCAGCUGUUUGUUGCCGCAGUGAGUGGAUCCACCGUCUACCUCCACGGUGACGAUGGAGAGGAGCGCGGGGACGAUAUUAGCUCUUAAAUCUCUCGGGUACCGGGGCUCGUGCCUCUCGCGGUGCCGCUGUGACGAGCUGCCGUGUCCGCUGCUCAGCUGGCUGCGUGCGGAGCUCCGGAGCGCCUGUCCGGAGAUCGGAGCCUCGACUUCAACGGGUGACGUCCUGUUGGUGGGAGAGUUGAGAAACUUACUGUCGAGCUUGUCAUCUCCUCUCGCCGCACUCACAUCUGAUGUGCUUGGACCGUCCGCACUCAGCAAAGUCACCGACUUCCUUGUAUCAGAGCUGCAAGCAGCUCGCAUCCUCAGGCACAAAGAGCUGAAUCCUGAAGAGUCGCAGCCAGCAGAAGAGUGUGAAAGGGAACAGCGAGUGAAGGACCUGAGCCAUGAAGACGGUGAAUUUGAAGAUGAUGACGGAUCUGAUAAGAGGAAGGCUGAGAUGCAGGCAGAGUGGGUAUUGCUGCUGCACGCCCUCGACAUGGAUACCUCCUCUCCGUUUGAAGAUGUGCUGAGUGAGGUGGAGGCAAGGCUUUCUAAGCUAUCUGGAGCCACGACAGAGCCUCUUCUGAAGUCCACCCUCAGCGCGGAGCAGUGGGAGCAAGUGAAAAAGAUGAAUGAAAUGCUGUCAGAAGACUAUCGGUGUCGCAGACAAAUGAUGAUCAAACGCUUUCAGGUUACACUGGAGUCCUUUGCGUGGGGAGAAAAACAGACGGAGCGCAGAGCAGCGCUGGACUCGGUUCCUCCUCUUGCGUCCCUCGCUGGCUCCUCUCAGGUGUCUCUCUCUCAUCUGCUGGCUGCCAGAAAGGAUCAGUCCUUCAUUGAUCCCGUCAAAGCUGGAACGAGCACCCCAGUCUACAAAAUGUUGAUGGGCAGCGUACCGGACAGAGGAGGACGACCUGGCGAGAUCGAGCCACCGAUGCCGAGGUGGGAGGAGAGGAAAGCCAAAGGAAACAAGUGGGGCGGAGGAGGCGGACAUCGACAUAAAUUUACAGAUAAGAAGAAGAAGAAGGGAAAAAGAGAUUAACAGAUCUUAGUUUUGAGUUUUUUAGCCUCACUAGAGAAGUGAUCAUGAUUCUUUGAAGUUUUUGGAAUGUGGCCUAUGAUGAAGUUCUCUCUUUUAAAUCUGGUAAUAAUUUUUAGUUGGAGCAGAUGUACAUAUUUGACAGUUUAAAAUUGGAAAUGCUGUCUUAAGAGCAGAUAUUUUUGUAUCAGAUUUUGGUUCAUCUGAAUAAACCAGGCCAUGAAUUAUUUAUUAAGAAUUUUAUGUAUUGUUUUUCCACAUUUAUAAAAUACAUUCUCCAAGAAUAAACAUUUCAAA